AUGUACCGUGUCAAUAUCGUCAGCACAAAUCCGAGCGUGACCGCGAGCAGCAGCAGCAGCAGCAUUGGCAGUGGAAGUAGCAGUGGAAGCAGGAGUGGCGUGACCGUUACCAGCAACCUGAUUGUGCAGCAACCUGGGGCCCAGAUCCUGGGAAUUGCCGCCGGUGGCAGCGUCAGCACGAUCCUGGCCGGCCAGCAGCAGCAGGCAGCGGCCAGUGCCCUCCCGAUCGGCACGGUGGUCAGCAUCCAGCCGCAGCACCAGCAACAGCCUGGGUCGGGCUCAGCGCAGCAGCAGGUGGUGCCGACGACGGCGAUCAUCGGACUGACCGCCGGGACGCUGAACGCGCUGAAUGUGGCGAACGCGACCCGCGUCGCCGGAAGCUGCACGAUUGCGGGGCUAGCGAGCGGCGGGGCCACGAUCACGCCGGUCACACCGGCCACCGUUGCCGCUGCCACCACCACGUCCAGCCACCAGCUGCUGAAGGCGGCCGCGGCGGCGGCGGCGGUCAAGGUGGAACCCGUGCCAAGUGACACGGGUGGUGGUGGUGGCGGUGGAGGAACGGCCGCCACCACCCUCGUUUCGAUGCCUUCCACCACCACCAACGCCAGCACCGGGAACUCGGGUGGUGGGGCCAGCACUACCUCGUCCUCGGCAGUGGCCCUGCCGGUUGCAGUCACUGCCAACGCGACCACCCUGACCGUGACAUCCGUACUGCCCGCUGCGGCCAGCGGCAACGGUCACGUUGUCUUCGGAGGCAAGCGGAGACACGAAAGCAACGAAGAAUGGAUAUCCUCACCUAGUCCGGGCAGCGUGCAAGGAUCCGCGCCGCCACUGAGCCCGUCGCCGGGCUCGCAAAGUCACACCUACACCACCACCAUGUCCAACGGAUACUCUUCGCCGAUGUCCACCGGCAGCUACGACCCGUACAGUCCGAAUGGGAAGAUGGCGCCCCCCGGUGCCGAGUAG